AUGGGCGUCGAGUUUGAGGUCUCUGUUGUCCGACAAGAAGGUGAAACGGAAGGUGAGGCAGUUGAAGCUAUUGUGGAAGAAUCAGAAACUUUUAUUAAGGGAAAAGAGAGAAAAACCUAUGAAAGACGCCGUGAAGCUGGGCAGGAGGACGAUGCUUGUCAUAUACCACCAAACCAAGCAGAUGGGUGUGAAGUAGUUCAGGAUGUCAACAGAGGUGUGCAGAUGGUUAUGAUGGAACAGUUGGAUCCAACACUUCCUCAAAUGAAGACUGAAGUAAUGGAAGGUGCAGUGCCUCAGGAAACGGAGGCUACAGUGGAUGACACACAGAUCAUAACACCUCAGGUUGUUAAUAUGGAAGAGCAGCCUAUAAAUCUUGGUGAGCUUGAAGUACUGGUACUUGAAGUACUUGCCACCACUUCUGUGGAAGAACUUCUGGGAGCAUAUGAAAAUGAGGUUUCCAAAGGAGGCCUGGAAGAGGGAGAGCCCAUGAUCUGUCACACUCCCCCUUUACCAGAAGGCUUCCAGGUAGUGAAAGUGGGUGCAAAUGGUGAGGUGGAGACGCUGGAACAAGGUGAACUUCAGCCCCAAGAAGAUCCUAAUUGGCAAAAAGAUCCAGACUAUCAGCCACCAGCCAAAAAAACAAAGAAAAACCAAAAGAGUAAGCUACGCUACACUGAGGGAGGCAAAGAUGUGGAUGUCUCUGUGUAUGAUGUUGAAGAGGAGCAACAGGAGGGUUUGUUGUCUGAGGUCAAUGCAGAAAAAGUAGUGGGUAACAUGAAGCCACCUAAACCAACCAAAAUCAAAAAGAAAGCUUUUCGGACAGUCACAUUACUGUUGAAGCACCUUAACACUCACACAGGUACUCGCCCUCACAAGUGCCCGGAUUGCGACAUGGCCUUUGUGACCAGUGGAGAGUUGGUUCGGCAUCGCCGCUACAAACACACCCACGAGAAACCAUUCAAAUGUUCAAUGUGUGAUUAUGCUAGUGUGGUGGUUAGCAAUUUGAAACGCCACAUUCGCUCUCACACUGGAGAGCGUCCGUUCCAGUGCAGCUUGUGCAGCUAUGCCUGCAGGGAUACUUACACGCUGAAGAGGCACAUGAGGACCCACUCUGGAGAGAAGCCAUAUGAGUGUUACAUCUGCCAUGCUCGCUUUGCUCGGAGUGGUACCAUGAAGGUGCACGUUUUACUGAAACAUACGGAGAAUGUGGCCAAAUUUCACUGUCCUCACUGUGAUACUGUUAUAGCAAGAAAGAGUUACUUGGGUGUCCAUUUGCGAAAGCAGCAUUCCUACACUGAGCAGGGCAAGAAGUGUCGAUACUGUGAUGCUGUGUUUCAUGAGCAAUAUGCCCUCAAACAGCAUCAAAAGUCUCACAAGAAUGAGAAGCGCUUCCAGUGUGACCAGUGUGAUUAUGCAUGCAGGAAGGGCAUGGGAGAGUUCAGUGGCUUUUUCUUUCUGCUGAAGUGCUCCCCUGUGGAGAGUAUCUCUUAA